CAGACCAAGGCAAAAUAGAUAGCUUCCUUUCACAUUAUUAUUGGUUUAUUUGUUUGCAUGGACGUCAUGUUUUAUUCUAUAAAAAUCGGUAAUUGGCGUUUGGCGACGGCCUGCGGAUGCUCGUCGUCUUCUCCUUCUGCUCCUCCUAAGCUCCUCCUCCCUCCAUGAAAUAUCCCAACGCCUGCAGCAUUAAUGGCUCCCUUUUCCCCGAAGCUUCCUUCUAAAUUCAAGCUUCGAUCCAUUAGCUUGCCUCCCAGAUCUCAUCCCACCACCCUUCUUGUCGAACGCCUCCUCCACUCCCUCCAAUCUUCUCUCUCUCCUCCUCCUCCCCCCUCCGUCCACAACAUCUGCUCCGCUUUGUCCGCCCUCGCCGACUUGUACCAAUCCAUCGACAACCUUCUCCAAUUGCCCCUCACCCAUCAAGCUUUGUCUCAGCAUCACCGUCAGAAAUGGAUCGAUCACUUGUUGGACUGUCCCGUCCGAUUCUUGGACGUUCUCGGCUGCACUAGGGAUUCCAUUUUGUCCAUGGAAGAAGGCGUCCGGCGUCUUCAAUCCGCUCUCAGAAGGAGGAAGCUCGGAGAUUCCGGCGUCAUGGAUGCUCUCGUCUCUGCCUAUUGGAAUCUCAGGAAGAACGCCCGGAAGAAUUCCACAAAAUCUAUUCUCUUGUUGAAACAAAUUGAUGCGUCGUUUGAAACUUUUCUCCCAUUGGAUCUAAACGCUCACCUCUCCGCAGUUGUUCGAGUUCUCACGGAAGCGAGCCUCGUCACCAGCUCCGUCUUUUAUUCUCUCCUGGCCUUCCUCUCUUCCCCAGUCUUGAAAUCAAAGCCCAAUAACAGGUGGGCGUUGCUGUCGAGAUUGAUACAGAAAGGAGCACUUGGGAGCGACAAUCAAGAGGGCAGUAUAAAUGAGCUGGAGAAGGUGGAUUUUGCCAUUAGUAGCUUGGUCAUGAACUCUCCAACCCAAGAUGCCGAUGAGGCUCAGAAGAUCCAAUAUGCCAACAGCAGGCUGGAGGAUUUAGUGGCGGGAAUUGACAGGCUUGAGAAUGGUUUGGGGCGUUUGUUUAAGCAUCUCAUCAAUAAUAGGGUGUCUUUCUUGAAUAUAGUUUCGCCAUGAGGAAGAGUUCGUAGUUAUAAACUUUGGGCUCAACAAGGCCGUACAUGUAUUGCUUAUAAUUACAGGAUGGGAAUCAACUACGUUAAGAUUGUCCAAGUUCACAGAAAAAUAUUUGUGAUUUGAUGCAAUUGUAAAUUCUCCUUUGUAGAUAUAUAGUUCCAUCCGGUGAAAUGAUUCGUAA